UGUAAAACAGGUACGUAAAAAACAAGUGAACUUAAGUUAAUGGAAAAUCGUGUGGGUGCAAGUUGUGCAAGUAAUUGAAACUGAAUUUAUAGAUUCAUGAAACCUUUCAUAUAAUCGAAAAGAGUGAAGAUGUGCGUCAAGAAAAUAUCCUGUAUUGACAAACGGAAACAUCCCAUUUGUUCUUUGUCAGCAUUAAAAGCCCGCGAGAACGAUUACUUCGUAAGCUGUGUUCGCGCCAUUUCUCUGCGAGACACUUGCAUGGCCUUGUCCUAGAGCAAGUGCGCCGUGUUGUGCUUCUGCAGCAAAGAACAAUUCCUGUCGAAGCCAUGUUUUGAUGAAACCGUCUGUUGGCUAUGCUUUGUCGCGCAUUGAUCGCUAGCGUUCGCUUGGCUUCGUCUGUUCUUCAGCCGAAAGCCCCAUUACACAUUGUCAGUUUGUCAGGUUUCCUCGUUCAGGCUUCCUAUAAAAUAAGUAUGCCUCCCAAAAAGGUCAAGGCUAGCUCGGCUGUCGGAUCCUCAACAGCAGAUCAGGUUGACAAAGUAGGAGUUGAUCAAAGAACCAGAGGCAAAAGAGUAGCGCAGAAACAAAGCUACAAAGAAAGUGACAAUAAAAACGAGUCGAACUCCAACGAGAAACCAGCUCCAAAAACUUCCAAACGAAAGAAGAAAUCUGACAGCUCAUCUGAAGACGUGGAACAGCCGAAACCUAAACGAAGCUUUAAAAAAAGCUCUCCUUCUACCGAUGGAUCGAAGCAAAAGUUGACUACAAACAAGCAGGUCGUAAAAACUAAGGAUUUAAAUAAUGCAGGAGAUGACGAAAGCAAUGCUGCUGUUAACUACGAUAAAAAAGGCUCGCUCAAAAUCGUCUCGUGGAAUAUCAAUGGAGUUCGCGCGUGGCUACCAAAAGGAGGGCUUGAGUAUCUUAAUCGAGAAGCUCCCGACGUAUUCUGCAUUCAGGAGACAAAGUGUUCAGACAAUAAGCUUCCCAAGGAACUAGAAUCGAUACGAGGAUAUAAAAGCUAUUUCCUGGCCGGAGACAAGGAAGGCUACUCUGGUGUGGGCAUCCUGUCCAAAAUAGAGCCCCUUAACGUUUCCUACGGCAUUGGCGUGAACGAACACGACGCUGAAGGUCGGGUGAUCACGAUGGAGUUUGAAGAUUUCUUCUUGAUUAAUGCUUACGUCCCCAAUGCUGGUCGGGGCCUUGUUAGGUUGGACUACAGAAUGAAAUGGGACAAAGAUUUCAGAAUGUAUCUUUGCAACCUGAAAAAGAAAAAGCAUGUCAUCUUGACAGGCGAUUUGAACGUGGCUCAUCAGGAGAUCGAUCUGGCCAAUCCCAAAACCAACAAACGUAAUGCUGGAUUCACCCAGGAGGAACGUGAUGGGUUGACAGCUCUGCUCGAGCAGGGUUUUGUCGAUACGUUCCGCAAACUCUACCCAAACCGUACAAAAGCAUACACAUUCUGGUCGUACAUGAUGAACGCUCGCGCGAAAAAUAUUGGCUGGCGCCUUGAUUACUUUAUUGUGUCGGAACAAUUCGUGAGCAAAGUCAUUGAUAAUGAGAUUAGGGAUAAAGUAAUGGGAAGUGAUCACUGUCCUAUUGUUCUACAUAUUAAGUAAUAUCAGAAAAUUUUACCCACAAGCAUGCACAACCGCGAGUUGGGCAUCACCUUUGAUCAUAGCGCAGCCACUAUUUAAAAGAACGAGGAAAUUCGUAAAAUCCUAGCUGUAUAUUGCCUCCAUAAAUUACUACAGGCACUAAUUGCGUAACUUCACUAGUACGCAAAAGACGCACUAAUAUAUGAAAAUAACUGUACAUAGGAAAUAUCUGUGGGUUACGAGUGUUCCAAUAUGUACUUAUGAACUCUUGUAAGAAUCAGAUCUUAAACAAUAAUAACAAUAUGUGUAAUAACAAUAAAGUGUUAUUAAUUUUGAACAUAAAUGAUUUCUUUAUGUUUAUGUUGGCCGCCUAUAGCCUGCCUUUAAGUUUUGUCGUACAAAGAGAAGACUGCGGAGGUAAACAGCGACAAACCGCAAAAAGCAAAAAAGCUGUCAUUGAGAUAGCUUCUUUAAUUAACUGAAGGUUAUUUCAUGGCUCGCCUCUUGCAUUGCUAAGAACAUGACUAAACCCAUAUGAACCAAUAAAAUAUGCGAAAACAUCGAGUAUUGAAAAAUCUAAAGCGUCAUUACGGCUUAAAUGAUCCUCCAUUUUUAGCAUCUCCAAUUUUAGGUAUAAAGAUGUUAAAAUAUAAGCUUGCCUCAUUCUCUAUUUCCAGUUUCUUUUCCUUUAUCCGAACCGGCCUUUAUUCAAGUAAGACUGGGAAUCGAUUCGACCAAUUAGAAGAUCCGUAGAGUUAGAGCAACUCUUGUAACCUCUCUAACAUAAAAAUAACUAAAUCACUUAAAAUCAAUUUCGGCAAACUUCAGGAGAUCCUGUUCUUGAAGUGGACAAAUUAAAAUAAAUUCUCUGAAUGAUCUGCGCAUUUGCAGUUGCUCACUCGACACGGGUGCUAAUUUUAUACACGUCCUCGUUUUCCUGUAAAGUUUGACGCUGUUUUUCAGGAUAUGUACCUCCAUAAUAGCCAAUCCAACAAAUUUCUAUUAUUUUGUCGACAGAACGUGUUACAAGAGGCGAGCUGCUAAAAUUUUGAGGAUUUUUUUGUACCUAAAAUGUGUUACGAUUUUAUGUCUGAUAGAAGUAUUCAAUAAAAAAAAAAUGAAUACGACCUUACGAAGUACUUUUUGCGCGGCCUUUCUCAAUAAAUACCCGCAUAUGGA